AGUCCCUUUGAACCGAAGAAGACGACGAAUGAACCCACACUCUAUUUCAUUCUCAAUCUCCAACUUCUCUCAAAUUUCUUCACAAAUAAUCCCCAAAUUCAAAACCUAAAUCAAGUGAUAAUACAGAAAGAAAGAAAGGAAAAAAAGAAAAAAGAAAACUUAUGAAUCGAUCUCAAAAACCCUAACCCUAGAUCACCUCCAGCUAUGAAUCCCCCUUCUUCAUCCCUCAGCUCUCAACCUCCAGGCCUCAAGACCCACUUCAAGACUCCCGAGGGCAGGUACAAGCUCCAGCUCGACAAGACUCAUCCCGCCGGCCUCCUCCACUUCUCCCAUGGCAAAUCCGUGUCUCAGUUGACGAUUGCUUGUUUGAAAGAGAAACUGGCGACUCAGACGCCGACGACGCCGACGACUCCGAGCUCGAGUGGGGUAGUGAGGUUGGCGGCUGCGAGGCUGCUCGGUGCGGGGAAUGGGAGCCGGGCGCUGAGUUUUGUUGGAGGGAAUGGAGUUAGUAAAGUGGGUUCUGGCAAUGGGAGGGUUGGUGGUGCUACAUUUGGAGUGUCGAAUGGGUCGGGUGGGUCUUCAGCUGUGGCGAAUCAUGACGAAAAAGGGACUUAUUUGAUAUUUAAUGUUGGGGAUACACUCUUUAUCAGUGAUCUCAAUUCACAGGACAAGGUUUGGUUUUCAAAUUUGCAUUGUUCUCUGAAUUAUACCUAACUAUUCAUUAACUGAAUGGUUCCAAUUCUCAAUAGCUGGCAUCCGUAAACUUCCAUUGUUCUGGCUAAUACGUGACACAAUAAGCAAUUGAUAAAUUUCACUACAUGUGCUUGCUGUGGCGGAUCCAGGAUUUUUAGAAAGUAAUGUCACUGCAUAAGUAAUAAUUUUAAAAACAUUGCAACUUCGAUCCUGAGGAAUUUUCAUAUUUUGGGAGAAAAAACAUAAUCGCAUCAUUAGUAAUUUUAUCAAGUACAAUUUUCUCAAUAUAUGUUAAAAAAAUUGCUUUUGUUUACCAUAGCAAACUACUAAAUAUUAUUAAAGUUCUUAACAAUAUUAUUCAAUAAAAAAGUGAACAAACAUGUUCUUUUUAGUUAUUGAUGAUCAUCUCAAACGAUCAUAGUAAUUCCCAAUAUAUGUCUUGGCUUAAUGUUAUCAUUUGCUGAUGAAUUCCUUUCCCCCCAAAUUAUUCUUCUUAUUAUUUCUCGACUACAGAUUUUUUUAUUUUUAUUUUAUUUUGAUAAUCAUAUUGUUCCCUAUGUGUUUUUGUACAUAUGAUAUGAUCAGGAUUGACUAAUAUAAAGACAUGUAAUCUCUACAUGCUAUCAAGAAGUAGUACUUCAAAUUACUUCAAUUGUGCUCAUUGCUUCCUUGCAUUUCUAGGGCAUUAAUUAUGUGCAUACUCUUUUGCUUUUAUGACCUCUCUAAUCAUGUGUCAAUAGGCCAUUAGAUAUGUUAUGAUUCUGAACUGAAUCUAGUGCAUGAGAGAGCAUUAACUGGGAUAAGCUUAUAGUUACAUUCUGCCAUGAAGACUAUGGAUUUGGCACAUACAGAUGACCUGACAUUGGAAUUUUAGAGAUUUCUACAAUAAUCUAGAAUGUAUAAAAUAGAAUGGAAAGUGUAACAUAGUCCUGUUUGUGAUUGUUUCAUUAUUAUUUUGUGUUUUGUAAUAUUAUCUUCCAGUUAACUAAAAUUGAGUUUAAUCGAAGACAAGUUGGUUCUUUUGACUUCUUUGAUUCCCGUCACUUGUUCAUCUUCUUAUGUCUAUGCUUUCCUGAAAGAUAUACUUUGGACAAUUUCUAGAGCUAACUUUAUUUUAUGAAGAAGAUAAAGAAAUUUUCGCCUAGUGUUUGACUUUGAAAUUUUUGACCAAGUAGAAUGGAGAGAUAUAUGGAUGUUAUUGCAUGCCAGACCUACAUAGAUACAUACCUCUGUAAGUAUAUAUGUACAUAUGUGUUCAUUCAUAUCUUAUCAGUCACAUAUACACUUAAAGGAAAAAAAGCCAACUCGUUUUUACUUUAUAUCAUAUCAUUGACAUUGUUAAGUAGAAAUAUGCAGCAUGCAUAGAUAUGUUUAGAUGACCAUAAAAAGAACUUCACUUGUUAACACUUCUUCCUACUCCUCCAACGUAGAUCCAUUCUAGAUACUUGUGUUUUUGGUCAGUGGAAAGUUUUAUUUGUUCAAACUUUAUAUGUACAUCAUAAU